AAAUAAAUGAAUAAAUAGAAGCAAGGAAUGUAUAAUAACUAUUAAUUUUUCCACAACUUGUUAUUGAUACAAGAUCACAACAUUUUGAAAUAGGUAUUUUUGCUUAUCGCGGUGAGCGUCGUAAGUAAUAUCGACAAUCCAGCAAGUAACUCUUUUCGAUUAGAAUAAUUGUUGUGCCUCAUCAUGGGCAAAAUAAUGAAAAUAGGUAAAGUCGUACUGGUCUUAAGCGGCCGGUACGCAGGUAGAAAGGCUGUCGUCGUGAAAAACAACGAUGAUGGAACUUCAGAAAAGCCUUAUGGGCAUGCUGUAGUUGCUGGUAUUGAUAGAUACCCCAGAAAAGUUCAUAAACGAAUGGGCAAAGCAAAAAUACACAAGCGUUCUAAAAUUAAGCCAUUUAUUAAGGUAAUCAACUACAAUCACCUAAUGCCCACACGGUACUCCGCUCUUGACUUAACAUCGGACCAAAAAGUCAAUAUUAAAGAUUUUAAAGACCCGAUUAAGCGAAAGAAGAUCAGGUUCCAAAUUCGUGUAAAAUUUGAGGACAGGUACAAGCAGGGCAAAAACAAAUGGUUCUUCCAAAAGUUGAGGUUCUAGUUUAUUGUAUUGUAAUUUAUGACUGUUCAUUUUUUAUUAUAAAUAUAAUUUAAUAAAUAAUGAACCAUUUUUA